CGACUUCGUCUCAAGUUUGUAUGUAGAUCUGAUCGAUAUCGGUGCUCACACUUACAGCUUAUCCACAACGAGUGAAUACGAAACGGCCAGCUAUCUGUCGUUUCCAUGUCCUGGCGUCCAACAACCUCAUUUAGUGACAAGCUGUGGCGGUUUCCCAAGGAUGUCACCUGUCUCCUGAGCGAGAUGUGAUAUGAAUACAUCAGCCCACCACGACAUGCUCUUCUCCUACGGGAGGCAAGACGCGUUGAGCCCCAGGCUGGAAUGGCGCUGCCCGUCGACCCAUCCGGCCAUCUCGCGGCACUGAUCACCUGGUCGACAUUGAACCUCUUCGCCGGCGUCUUCAACACGCUGCUCUUCAUCACGACCCUUAUCGCGCAAGGUCUCGACGCGCAAGCGACCCUGCUGAACCUCCAGAUCGUGUUCAUCCUCGCAUCGAUCUCGAACAGCGCGUUGGUCUGGACCGGGCACGCGCUGCGGCAACACGUCCCGUUCUCGCUUUGCACAUUCAACGCCGCCGUGAACAUGUCCAACGUCCCGCUCAUGAGUGGAGCGGCGCUUGCGAUGGUCGCACAGGUUUGGGGAACAGCGAUGAAGACCUGGCAUCCUCGUCUCGAGCCGAUUCUAGCGUGGGUCGUCUGGACUCCGUUGCUCGUCGCACUUCCUUACCUCUGCGCCGUGCCUCUGUUUGUGACGGCUGUAAUCUUGGGAGUCACGCGUCCAGCGGAUGUUUUUCGAGGCUCUCCUUUCUACUGUGUCGUCAAUAUCAAUUGGAUCCAGAUUCUCACCAGCUGCUUCGGUGCCAUCUUUUCGCUCGUGACGCUCGUUCUAGCUGUCUGGACCUCCUCUCGGAUCUUUGUUACCCGGCAGCGGCGUCAACAGUCCCCUUCCCGGGUUCACGAUAGUGGCAGUCCAUUGCUCUCUCACGCAUUCAUCAUCCGGGUCGUGGCAUUCUCAUGCUUUGUCCUGGCAGCCUCCAUAACCGGUCUCCUUGCGUUGGCAACCGCUUUCACAGCCGUGGUGCCUGAUAUCGUUCUAGCUUCCUGUGGUGUCGGGGCAUUUUUCAUAUUUGCCAGCUCAAAGCCGAUCCUGCGAUUUGUCUUCCGAUGUCGGCGCAAACAAGAUGCCGUGUGUCAAACCUUCUCGUUCUCCCAAUCCAUCAUCAUCCCGGAAAUGAGCGACGCUAGCUCUCAAGUGCCUGAACGCCAUUCGACCGACUCUGAUUCCGGUGGCCCCGACUACAUGUACAAAGCACGCUUUGGGGACAUUCAGAUUGUCCGCACAGUAGCCACUACACAAGAGGAUAUUCUCCGUUUGCAUGGACUUCGUGACUGAUCGAUGAUCGAGACCCUCUACGUCUCUGUACUUUUUUAAUGAAACUCGUUGCAAAGAUCUCACUUGUA